ACUUUGGGCGCGGACAGUCCCUUGAGCGAGACGGUGUAUCUGGAUGCUGGAGUACAUCUGCAAUGGAACCCCAUGUCACUUCUCUGUAGCUAACCCUGUCCUUAAAACCCUAGUUCCCAGCUCCUCAAUACUCCAAUUCAGACUCCGCCUGGAAAAAAAUGGCGUCGCCAAUCCCCUACCCGGUCGACGACAAAGAUCUUGAUGACGCCGCAUUGUGGGCUGUAAUCGACUCCGCUGCAGCCUCGCACUCCACUUCCAAAUCUCGAAAAACACUCGCAAUCAAAUGCGCCAAUCACCAAACUCCAAAUCCAUCACCACCGCCAAGAUUCUCCAAAAACCCUAGAAACCAUCACUCCGGAGAAAAAGAUAUUAGGUUUUCGCCCCAGGGCGAAGUCUUACAUGAACCGUGGAUUCACCACCGCCCUCAGAAAAUUGCGAGGACUUGCAUUUCGGAAUUGAGCGAGACUAGUCCUCUGUCUGUGGUCAAGCACGUGCAGCGCACGCCGAAGACGCCCGCGUAUUCGUCGUCGUCGUCCCCGGAGACCGGAAUGUUUUCUGUGACGGAGUUCAGUCCUGGUUCGGAGAUGAAUCGUUGGCAGGUCGAGGAUAAGGAGAAUGCGGGACAUAGCUUGCUUGGCAAGUUUCCUACUGUGUCGUUGUUCAAAGAAUACCAGAAUGCAGCUAUGGCGAUUCUGGAGAAAACUGAUUACACUAUGAUUUCUGGAAACCCUUUUAUUAAAAAAUCAGGUUGGAGGAAGAUGUCAUGUUACUUUAAUCUCUCUUAUGAAAUCAAGGAUAAGACCAUUGAAUUUGAUGAAAAUCGUAAUGUUCAGCGUGCUGAAUUUGUUGUUCGGGCAUACAUGCAGGGUGGCAGAUUCUCAGAUGGAUGGGGCUCAUGUGAACGGCGUGAGAAGAGGUUUUUAAAGCCAAAUCAUGAUAUUCCUAGCACAGCAGAAACCCGAGCCAAAAAUAAAGCAUGCCAGGACCUGCUAGGAAUAGGAGAGUAUCGACCUGGAGGGAACCAUGGCCAAAGAUAAAGAAAUGAUCACAAUUGUAGGAUACUGAGAAAUGAGGAAUGAAAAAUGAAGAGAAGGAAAUUCUCUUGAGACCCCACAUUAACCCUGUACUAUUUGAAAGCACUUGUAACUUGUACGAUUUGAUUCAAUUUGACUUUGAAAAUAGAAAGAGAGAAAUCCAUUCCAGGAACAAAGACCAGAGUAAGUGAUACAGCGCAGCUCCUCCUGGUUUUACCUAUUGCCUCAAGGAGGCCUUUUGUGCAGCCACACCUUAAAGCUGUGAUUGCUUAUCAACCAUAGAUUUUUUUCAAGGCCCCAAAUGUGGCACAUUUUCUUUGAGGAGAGAUUAAAAUGUAUGAGGAGGGUGUGUGUGUGUCAUUGGUAAUAUUGUAUGAUCCAAUGUAGAACAUCGAUCCAAUGGUGGAUGUGGGAAAAGACACCAAAUGUUUGGUGCUGCUGUGCAUCACUCGAUCAUUAGCUUGUCCAUGACUGGAUUACAAGAACAACUUGUGGACCAAAAAGAAAAAGGUCGAGCUCAGUGACAGCAGACAGGACGAAAGAGUUGAUGUACACCAAAAGCACAAUCCUGCCCUUUUCAACAUUUCAGUCCUUUAAUGGGAAUCUCCUAUGUCCAAAGAAAAAUAGCAUCUGAGGAUGAUUUGCUUCUGAAUGUAUGUUCUUAAAAGCUUUUCAAUCCUAAUCUUUGCAUGAAAUUCAUGGCAACACUGCAGGAUUGAGAGAUACAGGAAUUAAAGUAACUUAUUAUUAUGUAAAUUAAAAUUCUCUCUUAUUGUGAUUUUUAAUUUCUCUUCUACAUAUGAAUCCAAAAAUUGGGUGAUUCAACCUGUAACGUUAAAUUCCAGAAAUACCCCUCAUCGCAGUAGUGAGUGGGGAGGUGCAGUGCGUGGGUGGCAGAGUGAGUUUCCUUUUUCACAGUGGCAGCUGGUAGGAGGCUACUCAAGUCUCAGGCUAGAGAGUCGUGUACAAAAUUAUUGAUUCAGCCACUCUCUCUCAACUUCCACCAUCAAAUACUGCCUCCAAGGCGGUGUUCAGAGGAAUGUAUUUUACAUUAUCAUCAAUCAGUCCCAUUUCUCCCGGUACCUGCUGAAAUAGGGGAUAUGGCUCAACAGGAGGAUGGAUGGCCGCUUGGAUUGCAGCCAGUAAAUUUGAGAGUUGGCUUGGUGAGAAAUCGUAAUCUUUCUGGAUCAGUCUCCUUCAGCACUCUGCUUACUGCUUCUCCCACCUACACUGACUCUUCUUCAGAUCUUGACACAGAGUCCACUGGUUCAUUCUUCCAUGACAAGAGCAUCACUCUCGGGAGCCUCAUAGGUCUGUCUAGCAUUCUAGAUCUCUCAAGAAGAUCAACAAGGGGAAGAAUGUCAGAAACCCUCAAAGACAAAAAGAACUACAAGUCCAAAACUUGGUUAUUUUCUCUGUGCUCAAGGCUAAACACCGACGCAGUGUGCAUGAAAGAUACACCAUCCCUCGGUCAUUUUCUUGAGGCAGAGAGGAGAGCUGCCACGGGCUACAGGAGAAAUCAGAGCCCAACAAUUCCAGGGCCUGGUGAUUUCUCAAAUGAACUGCCUGUUCCUGAUACAAACUCUCUGUUCAUUGGUGACCAAGUUGCUCCUCAGUCUAGUACCCCCCUGGGUUCAGAGGAUGGAGGACAAUCCAACAGAGACUUGUUGGAGCAUGAUAAUGGGUAUGGAGUAUUGUUUCCAUGUCUGUGCGGACAACUACUUAAAUGAAUUGCUUGGCUGAACUAUUUUUAAUGUUUCUUUUCUUCUUGGGGUUUGGAUCUCAUGUUCAUGAUCAUGAAUUCAAUUUCAAAUUGCAUUAUUUCAAGAGAUGGCUCUCUCCUCCUUGAAUAGUAAAUUCCCAACUCAUCUGAGGAGGGUCUUUUUUAUUGA